AUGGCCCCUACCAAACUUCCCGAGUCAGGUAACCCACUUGUCUUCUUUGAUAUAACCCUCGGAGGUGAACCCCUCGGUCGUAUCCAAUUCGAACUAUUCAAGAAUGUCGUCCCCAAGACGGCCGAGAACUUUCGUCAGUUCUGUACGGGGGAGAGCAAGAAUGCUUCCGGUCGACCCCAGGGCUACAAGGGAUCCAAGUUCCACCGCAUAAUCCCCAACUUCAUGUGUCAGGGCGGCGACUUUCUCAACGGCGACGGCACCGGAUCGACGUGCAUCUGGGGGUUCAAGUCCUUCGAGGAUGAGAAUUUCAGUCUGAAGCACGAUCAGCCUGGCCUUCUCUCCAUGGCAAACGCCGGCCCCAACUCCAACGGUAGCCAAUUCUUCAUCACGACCGUUCCCACCCCCUUCCUCGACGGUAAGCACGUCGUCUUUGGCAAGGUCGUCGAGGGGAUGGACGUGGUCAAGAAGAUGGAGGCCACCAAGACGGGGUACCGGGGUAAGGACGUGCCCAACCUCGACGUUGUCAUUUCGCAAUGCGGGGAGAUGUAA